AUGUCUCACUUACCGCUUGAAAUCAUCCUCCUCAUCCUCAAGCACCUAGUCCCGCUUCUCUCAGUCGAGGAAUCAUUACAGCUGAGACAUGUAAAUACCCUCUUCGCCAACGAGAUCCAACUACUGCUCUUUCGCAACCCUACAAGCGACCAGGAGAACCUCAUCCUACAAGAAUGGCACAAAUGCCCGGAGAAAUCUAAGCGACAGUACGUCCGCACAAAAAUCGGACUCCAUGGUGUACGUCGGUGCCUGUUCUCCCGCCACGCGCAUGAGAUGCUCCAAACAAAGCUGGCGCACACUUCAUUUGCAGGCGUCCCUUUCAUCGAAAGAAUCGUUGACAUAGGUUGUUUUUACUAUAACCAACGCUUCACUCUGUUCAAUGCCGAUCUGUAUGAUGAGGGUAUGGCCGCAUAUACCCGCGAAGUAGAACAGGAUCAUGACAAUGAAUGGGAGCCCAUCGAGGAAACAGCGCUCGCAGUGUUGGCGUGUAGUGCGAUCGUCCGCCACGACGUGGGUACGUUAUUGCUGGCAAUCAAAUCUGGCUUUCAGUUCCAAGGGUCAAGCGAACGGCUCCAAUGGAGCCCUCUUUGUAUCGCGGCGUGGGGUGGAUCAAAAGAAAUCGCGACAAUAGCUCUGGAUCAAGGAUGCAUCAUCCAGCUAUACAAGAAAUUUGGCAAGCGAUACGUCUUGCUGGAUGCUGCCGCGCAAAACAAACAAAUGGGCGUAUUAGAGGUCUGGCUUGAUCAUCUGCAACAGAUAAAGGACGAGCACUUGCAGUUCAAUGUGGAUCAUCUAAUGCGAAUGGCCGCCAUGAGACAGGAGUUUACGAAGUUCCAUUUCUUGUCCAGGUGGUUUAGGGGUGAUAUCGCCGCUCUACUCUACAAUACCCUCAUCCAAGCCAUAGGUCAGGAAGAGCAAGGUGCGGUCACAGGUAUCUUGAAACAUGGGGAGUUCGAUCGGACAAUGUGGACAGAGAAGUACCCAAAAGGCCCCAUCUUUACAAUUAUGUUGGCACCAUGGAACUUCAAUUCAAUGCCUAUGUUGGAACGGGUGUUGAGAGGCGGAAUUAAACCCGACGGAAGAUAUCCCGGCGUGAAUGGGACGCCGUUGCAGCGGGCCAUCGAAAAAGGCAGCCUUGAUAUAGCUAGCAAGUUGACUAGUUACGGGGCAGACGUCAACGCUUGCUGUGCCCCUCAUCGCAUGCAUAAACGGUCCAAGGUGCCCAUGUUACUUCUGGCUGCUAGGAAGCGGAAUACUGCAAUGGUCAGACUUCUGCUGGACAAAGGGGCUGAUCCGACAAGUGUCACAAACGACAAGGCACAUGGGAGAUUUAUCCAGAAAAUCGUCGAUCGCAGGGAGGCUGACCUUACUUCUGCGAGCGCUCAGAAUGACGCAUAA